AGUUUCAUAACAUGCACAGAUGCACUAAUGCAGCAACCGUAGAUAUGUGACUUGAAGCAUGAAGGUAAGCACGUUAGACUCAUUGUUGCAAUCUUGCAAAUGUCCGAGACACUUCAAACAGCUUCUCUCUCAAACGAUCCUCACAGGCCUCAUCACCGACCCCUACGCCGCAAGCAGACUCAUCAACUUCUCUUCCCACUCCACUACUCUCGUUCCCUUCCACUAUUCCCUCCGCAUCUUCAACCACCUCCGCAACCCCAACACCUUCACAUGGAACACCAUCAUGCGCGCCCACUUGUACCUCCAAAACUCCCCCCACCAAGCCCUCUUGCAUUACAAGCUCUUCCUUGCGAGCCACGCAAAGCCCGAUAGCUACACUUACCCGAUCCUCCUCCAAUGCUGCGCUGCCCGCGUGUCCGAAUUUGAGGGCCGGCAGCUGCACGCGCAUGCUGUGAGUUCCGGCUUUGAUGGGGAUGUGUACGUCCGGAACACGCUGAUGAAUCUGUAUGCUGUUUGUGGGAGCGUGGGGAGUGCGCGCAGGGUGUUUGAGGAAAGUCCCGUGUUGGAUUUGGUCUCGUGGAACACGCUUUUGGCCGGGUAUGUUCAGGCAGGGGAGGUGGAGGAGGCGGAGCGUGUGUUUGAGGGAAUGCCGGAGAGGAACACCAUUGCUUCGAAUUCUAUGAUUGCGCUCUUUGGAAGGAAGGGGUGCGUGGAGAAGGCGAGGCGGAUUUUUAAUGGGGUGAGAGGGAGGGAGAGGGAUAUGGUUUCGUGGAGCGCGAUGGUUUCGUGCUAUGAGCAGAAUGAGAUGGGUGAGGAGGCAUUGGUUUUGUUUGUGGAGAUGAAGGGGAGUGGAGUGGCGGUGGAUGAGGUGGUUGUGGUUAGUGCUCUGUCGGCGUGUUCGAGGGUUUUGAAUGUUGAGAUGGGGAGGUGGGUGCAUGGGUUGGCGGUGAAAGUUGGGGUGGAGGAUUAUGUUAGUCUUAAGAAUGCGUUGAUACAUUUGUACUCGAGUUGUGGGGAGAUAGUGGACGCGAGAAGAAUUUUCGAUGAUGGUGGUGUGCUCUUGGAUCUGAUAUCUUGGAACUCGAUGAUUUCUGGGUACUUGAGGUGUGGUUCAAUUCAGGAUGCUGAGAUGUUGUUUUAUUCCAUGCCGGAGAAGGAUGUUGUGUCUUGGAGUGCUAUGAUAUCGGGUUAUGCUCAACAUGAAUGUUUCUCAGAGGCUUUGGCAUUGUUCCAAGAAAUGCAGCUUCAUGGAGUUAGACCAGAUGAGACUGCUUUAGUGAGUGCCAUCUCGGCUUGCACCCAUCUGGCUACUUUGGACUUGGGAAAAUGGAUUCAUGCUUACAUAAGUAGAAAUAAGUUACAGGUUAAUGUUAUUCUGAGCACGACACUUAUAGAUAUGUAUAUGAAAUGUGGGUGUGUGGAAAAUGCAUUGGAGGUUUUCUAUGCAAUGGAGGAAAAGGGGGUUUCUACCUGGAAUGCUGUCAUUCUUGGGUUGGCAAUGAAUGGUUCGGUAGAGCAGUCACUUAACAUGUUUGCAGAUAUGAAAAAAACUGGGACAGUUCCUAAUGAGAUAACAUUUAUGGGAGUUCUUGGGGCCUGUCGGCACAUGGGCCUAGUGAAUGAUGGGCGUCACUACUUUAAUUCCAUGAUCCACGAACACAAAAUAGAGGCUAAUAUUAAGCAUUAUGGAUGCAUGGUUGAUCUUUUAGGACGUGCAGGUUUGCUUAAAGAAGCAGAGGAACUGAUUGAUAGUAUGCCUAUGGCACCUGAUGUUGCCACUUGGGGUGCUUUGCUUGGGGCUUGUAGAAAACACCGUGACAAUGAAAUGGGGGAGAGGGUGGGAAGGAAACUCAUUCAGCUUCAGCCUGACCAUGAUGGUUUCCAUGUAUUGUUGUCAAAUAUAUAUGCUUCAAAAGGAAAUUGGGGCAAUGUUCUUGAAAUUAGGGGAAUUAUGGCACAACAUGGGGUGGUAAAGACACCUGGUUGUAGCAUGAUUGAAGCAAAUGGGACAGUUCAUGAAUUCUUGGCCGGAGAUAAGACACACCCACAAAUAAAUGAUAUUGAGCACAUGCUAGAUGUAGUGGCUGCAAAAUUAAAGAUUGAGGGCUACGUACCAACCACAAGUGAGGUUUCACUAGACAUAGAUGAAGAAGAGAAGGAAACAGCACUUUUCAGGCACAGUGAGAAACUUGCAGUGGCCUUUGGACUUAUCACUAUUUCUCCGCCAACUCCAAUCAGAGUUACGAAGAACUUGCGCAUAUGUAAUGAUUGCCACACUGUUGUAAAGUUAAUCUCCAAAGCAUUUGAUCGUGAAAUUGUGGUAAGGGAUCGUCAUCGCUUUCAUCACUUUAAGCACGGAGCUUGUUCCUGCAUGGAUUUUUGGUAGCAAAUUGUAAGUGCUAUUAAAGUGAGUGACUAUCCUAUGCUUCAGGAAGCUGCACCCAAUUUUCACAAUAUUCUGGGCUCGCAUAUCAAAGCAUGAAGAAUUGAAGAUUUUUCACAUUUGGUUUGUUUCCUUGCUGCAGAAUCAAAUGUCGUUCAAUCUUAAUGCUCUUGCUGGCAAAGAAUGAUCGGUAGAGUACCUUAUACACUCCCAGAUAUAUCAUUCCAACUUUUCUGAUGUUGAUGAUCUAUCUUUUCCAGUCUUGAAGCUCCAAGGGUCUGAAGAGAAAUGAUAUGUAAUGAAAUGUAUUAUAAGGGUUCUUGUUGUUGCAGAUACAUCUGUCAAUGUUGAUUGAGUUUGCAUGAAGGGGUUGACCACUCUUCUUGGUGAAGCAUGCAAUAGUCCAAAGCAUCUCUUAUUCAGUCCUUUGAAUCAAUAGCCAUUCUUGUGAAGAAGCUGGGGUUGUAGAGGGACUCAUCUACUGUAUUUGUUUUUGAAGCAAACCCUUUUCUUAGGUUUGGGAUAAUGCUGGCUGGUGAUGUUACUGAUUUUUUGCCAUGCACACUAAAGUUGUUUGCUCAGGCAUUCGGGUUAAACGGACUACCCAUCCCACCAAUCUAUGUGCAAAUAUUUGAGAUUCUUUUAUCUUCUAAUUUGUGCAAAAGAAACCCAAACAAAUGUUCCUUCCCUUUAGCAUCUACUCUAGACCUUCUUCAAAAGGUACCAAAGGAGCCAAAAGGAUGCCCUUGGCAUAUUUGACAGCAGGCCAGUUUCUAUGCACUGUUAGUAUAAACUUUUAUACGCUGUCAACCAAUAAAAAAGGAUGGUAGCAAGAAGAAUCUGCAAGAAUGAAGAGGAUAUGAGUUUGGUAUCACCAUUGGCCCUAUUUUGCAUUGUUUCCUCUGUUUUUCUCUACAGCUCACUAGUGUUUCUUAAACUUCACCUGCUCCACACAAUGACUGUAAUUAUAAAAAAUAAUUAUCUUUCAUUGAAUUUUUCUUUGUUUUCCAAAUAAUUGAAUCUUCCAUUUUGUUAUGGUGACAACUUGACUGGAUUUAAUCCUGGGUUGUUUGGAUUGUAUGAAUUUGGAUUAUCAUAGAAUGGAAAUCAAACUCUCUAAGGAUUUUUGGUUCAUAGCCUGGACUAGUCCACAGUUUAUUGAAUGAUUUUUCUUACUUGAGAAAUGGGAAUUGAGAGCUAAUAGACGUGUUUUAGUUCUAAUAUGUAGUUAUCUCCUUUUUAUUUACUGAAGGAUUCAUUUCAUUCCCAUGGGUUAUUUGGAUUUCUUGAAUUUGGAUUAUAGAAUGGAAAUGUGAAAGUGUAAGGACUUGGUUUAUUUUCUGAAGCAAUCAAAAGCUUAAUUUUUUAAUUUUUCUACUUGAGCUAAAAGAGUAAGUUCUUGUUGUGUUCUAAUUAAUUUUAUCAAGCUACCUCCUUUUAAAUGUAUAUUGAUGAUCAAUUUUUUUUUUCAAUGGAUUACCAAAAAACUGCUAACAUUUUAGCUUAGUUUUGUGUUACACUCUUUCCGGAAUCAUCUUUUGCAACAAAGUUAGGCCUUAUUUUUUGUUCAUUGUUUUCCUAACUUUUCACGAAACUAUAAAAAUAAACUUACAAUUUUUUAUCUGUUACAGGGUUAUAUAGAUUCAAAUGCUGAAAGGUGGUUGAGUUUUUAUCGUUGAUUGGAGGCAUUUUUGAAUAUGAGAACAUUUUAGUUUGCAUUUCAGAGUUAACUUCACAUUUUGGUGACCCUUCCUGUUAUUAUUAAGGAUGAGGAAAUCAAUAAAUUAAAUAGUGCAUCUCAUAUAUGAUAAACCCCCGUCGUUUGUUUCAUGUCAGUAAUUGAUAUGCUUAUUUUCAUUUAUUUCCUUCUUUUACUUUUGUUUGGUCUAUGUUUGUGCCUGUCUUGUUUCAGUUUCCAGGAAUUGGUGUGGCUUUCAUUUAGUGCCUACGGAAUCUUUACCUUGCUGUAUUCAUCAUCACCUGCAACUAUCCAAGGUGAAUUGUAACUGUGAACCAAGGGAUGCUCCACAAUCCUUUCCAUUGCAUCGGAUCAUUUGUUGCACAGUCCUUGCUACUAGAAACUGGUUCAACAGCAGUGUAUAAUGAAAGUCAACAUUUGUCAGUGUGACUAAAUUUAAUGUCUGAUGAAGGAAUGAAUAAAAAGAAACGUUGAAUCAUUACUCUUCAAUUACCUUUUGGUGAAACUUCUGGCUCUUUAAUCUUUGGUUGCAAUUGCUGAUGGUGCUUUGACCUCUGCAAGCUUGCUUCACCUCUAGCCAUAGGUAUUGAUUGUGCUUUCAUGGCUGAGAUCAUGGCAGCUAUUUCUGAAAAUUGGGCUUGGGUUUGGCUUGAAACUGAUUCUAGGCUUUUAAUUCAUGCUUAUUUUGAGCCGGCUAUUGCACCUUGGGAUGUUUACAAUUGCUGGUUGAAUUGUGGAGUCUACGCAUACUUUCAACUUUUGGAUUUCUCACAUUUAUAGGGUGAGCAAUGCUUGUGCUGAUAAGCUUGCCUCUUUUGUUGGCAAAGUUUAGGUUAUACUUGGUGGAAUUCUCCACCCUCUUUCCUUUCUCAGGAGCUUCUUAGGUAUAGAAAUGGGCUCCCAUCGUAUAGACUCAGAUAGUUUGGUUUCCUUGGGUAUGGUUUGGUCCUCUCAAGUGUACUGAUCUUUUUUUCAUCAAUGAUAUUCUGGGUGUGCUGUUUAGGUGCUGUUGGGGUUGUUGAGGUGUCAACAUAGUUGGGAUGCCAACUUCCUUAACUUGACCUUUGCGCACCGCCUCCUUUUUUGCUCGAAAAAAACCCUCUAGCUAUAGAUUUUGCAUUGUUGCAGAAAGUUCUGUUCCUUGUUGACAAAUGCAGCAAUUUGACAUUGGGAAAUUUGUUGGUUCUGCUGCAUGAACUCGAAGUAAAGCUCAUAUUUGGCAGAGUUGAGGCUAUCUUUUUUUAUUUGACUAAGAUGCUAGAGGAAUGUUGAUGUUAUAGCAAAGUGUAUUGAAGCUGACGUUUGUUCUGUUAACAUUUGAAGAUGAAAUCAAUUCUGAGUGGUAUAUUUCAAUGAUCAAAUUAUAUAAUAAUG